UCUCCCCUUUCUCAACACUCUCUCUCUCUCUGUGUUCAGAGACAGUGACGACGGAGUAGAAGAAAGAAUGGCGACGUCACCGAGAUCAUCGUCAUCAGCUUCAUCAGCACCACCUUUCUCGACUGAUGCCAAGUUUAAUUACCUUCCAGUAAUGGGAUUAAAACAAAAAAUCAUCGAAAAAAUUCAAGAAAACCGUGUUACACUCAUCGUCGGCGAAACUGGCUGCGGCAAGAGCUCUCAAGUCCCACAGUUUCUUCUAGAAGAAGGAAUGGAACCCAUAUUAUGUACACAACCUAGAAGGUUUGCAGUUGUAGCUGUUGCUAGAAUGGUGGCAAAAUCUCGUAGAUGCGACGUGGGGGGCGAGGUUGGAUAUCAUAUUGGACAUAAAAAGGUCAUGUCCGCAGGGUCAAGACUUGUUUUCAAAACUGCUGGUGUCUUGUUAGAUGAAAUGAGGGACAAGGGAAUCGCAGCUCUCAGAUAUAAGGUUAUCAUUCUUGAUGAAGUCCACGAAAGAUCUGUGGAAUCCGAUCUUGUUCUUACAUGUGUGAAGCAGUUUAUGCUCAAAGACAAAGAUUUGAGGUUGGUUUUGAUGUCCGCUACAGCAGAGACUGCGAGAUACAGAGAUUACUUCAAGGACCUUGGUAGGGAUGAAAGGGUUGAAGUUCUUGCAAUUCCAAGUUCCGGCCAGCAAGCGAUUUUCCAAAAAAAAAUUCUAUAUCUUGAACAGGUUUCUGAACUUCUUGGGCUAAACUCAGAGUCCUUGUCUAGUACAUACUGUUCUGGCCCAAGCCCCAUCUCGUCUGAUGCUGACAUCAAGCCUGAAGUGCACAAACUCAUUCAUGAUCUGGUGUUGCAUAUUCAUGACAAUGAACCUGAUAUCGAGAAGAGUAUUCUGGUUUUCCUUCCAACAUACUAUUCACUGGAGCAGCAGUAUUUCCUUUUAAGCCCUUUGAGUUCUAUUUUCAAAGUGCACAUUCUGCAUAGCAGCAUUGAUACUGAACAGGCUUUAAAGACGAUGAAAAUUUGGAAAUCACAUCGUAAGGUUAUUUUAGCCACCAACAUUGCAGAAUCAUCAGUUACCAUUCCUGGAGUGGCAUUUGUCAUUGAUUCUUGUCGAUCUUUACAAGUCUUUUGGGAUAAUAAUAGGAAAAAGGAUGCAGCAGAACUUUUGUGGGUAUCAAAGUCUCAGGCUGAGCAGCGUAAAGGCAGGACAGGUCGAACUUGUGAUGGGAAAAUUUAUCGAAUGGUUACUAGGUCUUUUUUCAAUCAGUUUUCGGAUCAUGAGCGUCCAUCUAUAUUGCGAUUAUCUUUAAGACAGCAAGUGCUUCUUGUUUGCUGCGCGGACUCUAAGGCCAUCAAUGAUCCCAAGGUAUUGUUGCAGAAGGCCCUUGAUCCACCAGAAUCUGAAGUGGUAGAAGAUGCCCUAAACUUGCUUGUUCACAUUAAGGCUCUGGAGAAAAACGUAUCUCAUAGGGGGCGAUAUGAGCCAACAUUUUAUGGCCGUCUGCUUGCCAGUAUGACGUUGUCCUUUGAUGCUUCCGUGAUGAUACUCAAAUUUGGAGAUAUUGGAUUGCUUCGUGAAGGCAUUCUGAUGGGAAUACUGAUGGAUACAAAUCCUCUGCCCGUUCGUCGUCCAUUUGGACAGGAUCAGUUGUUUGCAGAGUAUAUAGCCAGCUAUUUUGGGGGGGAUGAUGAGAGUAGUGUGCUAACUGGCAAGAAGGAAAUAAUAUCCAUGGGUAACCUUUGUGCAUAUCAGUUCUGGCAGCGUGCUUUUAAAGACAAGCAUCGUGUGGAGCGGCUGAAGCACCUUCUCAAGUUUGAUGAACCAAAUACUACUGAAAUACUCUUCCCUAAACUUGAAGAAGAGUGGUGUUCCUUCCACAAUCUUUUGCAGCCAUCUCUGCAUCAGGUUUCAGAAAUAUAUGAUGAUAUUGUAAAUUCAAUGCACCGAUUCCGUCCCAAAUUUAUGGCUAAAGCUAAUGGACUUCCCUCUUACUAUAAUCCUUACGAAUUUGAGCACACAUGUUCCCUUGGAUACCUUCAAUAUAGAGAUGAGGAUGUUGACAGUAAGAAGGAGGAUGAGCACAUUAAUCUGAAUCUAGAUAUUGAGGAAAAAACCUGCCUCACUUUGCCAUAUGUUGCUCCCAAUGAUUUUAAAGCCAACUUUGUUGCUGACAAGUUUGCAACUGUUUUGAAAGAGAUGAGAGUUGAGCAUACACAAGAUCAUGCCGAGAACGAGCGGAAACCAAUAAUUGCCACGGUGUCGCACGAUAUGGGGGAACGUCCGCUUUGUAGAUACUUUGUAAAUGGUUUAUGCAACAGGGGCAGCGAGUGUCCUUUUUCUCAUUCCCUCCAGGCCCCAAAACCUAUCUGCAAAUUUUUCUUUUCUCUCCAGGGAUGUCGCUAUGGUGCUUCUUGUUUCUUUUCUCACAAUGUUGAUCCAACCAUGUCAUCUACUAUUAGUCCAAAUUUCUGUAUGCCGGAGAGUGAACAACCUGAUGCAGCUUCUUUCCUGCGGCUAUUACCCUCAACUCCAGAUGGAUGCAUUCUUGUUUUGGAUGACAAUGAUCUGCAUUUUUCUUCCUCUCUCUCUAAUCAUGGUGUCCCAGCUAAGAUAAUCACUACAACAAGUGUACCUGAUGACUCCACGACUGAUAACUCGUUAAGCGGCGUGAAAGUACUUCAUGGCUUGAGUCAUCCAUAUGGCACAGUCAUCUCUGGUGCUGGGGAAAACAGUAUUCCAUGGAAAGAGGUACACUGCGUAUUAUGGUUUGCCAGUUUCCUACUCGACAAAACCAAUAUUGAAAGCGUGGAGAAACAGCGAAUUCUCUUAAAGCAGUUUUUCGAGUAUCUUGCUAUCAGGACUUUAGCAGACUUCCUAUAUGACAUGCCUGUGGUGCUUACAAUGAAUAAUGUUCGAUUUUCACAGCUCCAGGUCGAAAAAUUGGCUAGAGAUUCCUUCUUUUUUCUGCAAGAGUCAUUCCCCUUUGACGAAUCAAGCUUUGGUGCAUUUUCAGAUGUAGUUCCUAUGUCAAAGCCGAUGAUGGUUUCACGACCCAUUUCAUAUGUUUUCUAUAUUUGCCCACCUACAGAUAUCCAGUAUGGAAAUUACACUGCUGCUCUCAAGAAAAGCCUAUAUGGUGGUAAAUAGUGAACUAUUGGUUGAAGAAUUUUGAUGCUGACUUUAGUAUAUGCGUGCAUCAGAAGGUUAGUAAAAAAUAGUUUAGAAAAGUUAUGGUUAAUACAUAUAUAUGUAAAUAUAGCUAGGGAUAUCUACUUCUAAGUCGCUGCUGUCUGAUAAAAAAAUAAAAUAAAUAGGGAUAUCUACUUCUACAGCUGGAAUUGGGUUAACUUGUUCAUAUGUUAGUUUGUUUGGAAGAAGAAACAGUAGAAGAAGACUAGGCUCGUUUUUUUUGGUUUAUAAUUAGGACAUGAUAUUUUUAUUUAUGAGUUGGUGUUGGGGUUUCUUUAA